GUACAGCAGAGGUGAGCUGGUACAGAGCAAAGGUGAACAAGGUCUUGAAUCAAUCAGCACAUGUUUGACAGCAGGGAAGAGUCGAGAAAAUGCAGGAUGUGAAUGGAGUGGGUUUGUAUAGGAGGUUAUAAGUAGGGGAGCUGACUGUGCCAGUUAAACGGAGCAGACCUCAGUGGGUUGCACAUGCCCAGUUUGAUUUGAUAGACCUCACCUCAUUUUGCUUCUCAUCGACCGCCUGUUGCCUCUGCCUGGCUGCUCCUUUGCCGCUCUGGAACCAUGCAUCCACAGCGUCCUCUUCCCCAGGCCAUGCCUUCCUCCUCCCUGGGACAGCACCUGCGGGACAUGGCCAUGGGAUUGGGACGAGGCAAGAACUUCCUGGGAGGAAACUUUGCCUAUGGGUUCAUACAAUCUAUCAAGGAGUGCCUGUAUUUCCUCCUCUGCUGCUGGUGCAUCAAAGAGAUCCUGGACUGACGGACUGAGACAGUAGAUCAAGUGGUCAAACAUUGAUUUUUCCUGUUUCUCUGUUGGCUCCUGUAGUGUAAUUUCAACCAGCUUUUAUUUCAUCAGAAAUGCAGUGGUUAUCAGUGGAGCUGACAAAGCACUGGCAAGUAUGGGCCUUGUUUAUCUGACAACAAACUACUACUAUUGAAUCACAU